GUGGCUCAGGGGCAUCGGCGGCCGCGGGUCAGGCGCUAGCAGCGGGGCCUGCCUCCGAGCAAGCGCAGCCUCCGAGCCCACCGCAGCCCUCGCCUCAUAAUGUCCGCGCUGCUCCGCGGCUUCGAGCCCCCAACUCCCGAGGACUUGGGGCUGCGGAGUUUGACGGAGCUGCGGGAGAUGUUGAGGCGCCAGGAGAGACUCUUGAGCAACGAAAAAUUCAUUUGCAAAUUGCCCGACAAAGGUAAAAAGAUCUUAGCCUAUGUUGCCAAGCUCAAAGCUGCCAUUGCAGAACAUGAGAAGGUUAGAGGAAAAUGUAAGCUGUUUGAUCCUGCUAGUUUAAAUUCUGAGCUAAGACAAAAAGCACCUGAUGUUGAUGGGAACACAAAUCAGGCUUCUAAUUCUGACCGAAUACUUGAUGGGUCAUCACUUGUUCUUAACCAUCCCUCGAUAGAGAGCAGCGUAGCAUCGAAAACACCCACACAGCUCGGAGGUUUUGUACAGCCUGGUUCCAGAGGAGAUGAAGGGGUUACAGAGAUUGAGAACCCAGUGAGCAAACCCCCCACUUCUAGUGGCAGAGCCACUGUGCCUCCUUCUUCUGAAGCCAUUGAGCAUCUCCCUCAGCAGUGUGUUUCAAGUCAAAGAGAAGAUAAUUGCAGCAGUUCUUAUGACCUGUUAGUGGAUCGAUUACAAAGAAUUACAGUUUCAGAUGAGCAUUCCUCAGAAGAAACUACGAGUACUGCGAACUUAACAGGUCUUGGAAGUGGGACUCAGAAGAAGCCUCAUUUCAUGGAAGUUUUAGAAAUGCGAGCCCAAAACCCAGUGCCCUCACCCCAUAAAUUUAAAACUAACGUUUUGCCUUCACAGCAUACUGACUCCUCGAGUCAUGGUCAACGAAGAGGGUCUCCUAUUUCUUUGGAAGAAAGGCGGCGCAGAGACAAGCAGCAUCUUGAUGACAUCACAGCAGCUCGUCUUCUGCCACUUGAUCAUUUGCCUGCACAGCUGCUCUCCAUUGAAGAGUCUUUAGCACUGCAGAAACAGCAGAAACAGACCUAUGAGGAGAUGCAAGCUAAACUUGCAGCACAAAAAUUAGCUCAAAAACUGAAUAUUAAAAUGCAGAGCUAUAAUCCAGAAAGUGAUAUCUCAAGUAAAUACCAAGAAUUCAGGAAUGAAGACAACGGUCAGUCCUCUGAUGAUGAAUUCUAAAGAUGGCACCUGGAUCACAUCCUUAAUCUCUGCUUGAGGGCCUGGCCUGAUCUUAUAACAAGUAUCACAAUCAGUGUCAAACGUUGCAGCUACUCGAAGAGCACUGUAAAAAAAUAGCCUGGUUUUUCUCUCAGAAGAUAUCUUUCAUGUGUGUGGAAAGAUUGAAUAUUUAGUUUAAUUGCACUGUAUUAAAAGUUUUGCAGUAUGUUGUGUGUGUGGUUGUGAUAUUUUCAUAUAUAGCGACAGAGAACUUUUUGUAGCCAAAUAAAGCAGGUAACUGCAUUUAUUUUUUCAGUUUUUCAGUUUUCUAACAUAUUGUGUUGAUUGUAUACCUUUCAGUGAGAUACUUAGUUGUAGGCACCACCUAAAAUGAAUUAGGAAGUUAGAGAUUCCUCCUAUUUUGAAUAAUGAAGGGAAUUUAGGGAAUUGUAUGCAUGCUUGCAUGAAGUUUCAAACUGCAGUACCCAGGGAGCUAUUUAUUGAAUGUGCAUAACUGUGGAGUGCAACCUUCUGAUUAGAAAUAAAGAGCACGUUCAGUAGAUAGCUGGAGAAUGGAUUGUCUUUCUAGAUGAUCAGAUUUUCCCAGAUUCUUAAGAGCUAGAGGAAGUCUCAGAUGAAUAAAGCAGGUGAAAAUAA